UUCUUUAUUCAUAUUUAUUCAGAAGGUAAACUGAAUUAGACAAGUAAAAUUUACCUGUAAUAUUUUCACUCAUCUUUCAAAUUCUAAACGUGGUUUAUUACAACCAACGAAUAACUUUCCAAACUGUUUGAAGAAUUAAAGUUUUCUUUUCCUCUCCUUUUAUUAUAAUAAAAACUUACCCUUUUUAUCGUAAGUUUAAAAAAAUUCAUCUUCUCUCUUUCUCUCUCUUUUCCCUCCAUCGUCCUUGGAUCAUUAUUUCUCUUCAUCUUCAUCUUCAUCUUCUCUCUCUCUCUUUCUCUCUCAGCUCUCUUGUAACGCACUCCCUUACCUGUUUCAUUUCUCUUCUUGUGAACAACAAGCUAACAUUUUGAGCGCGCCUUAUAUACUUAGUAUAUUUUCUUAUACUUCUUCUUAUAUAUUUUAUCUUAUACUUCAUCAUCAUCAUCAUCAUCAUCAUCAUCUUCAUCUUCAUCUUCUUCUCUUGCUUCUUGUUGUGAGUAAAUUCCUGUUUAAGGUCAUUGGGAAAUGGUUCUUGUGAAAAUGUUGCUUUCCUUUUGAUUUCACACACUCAAUACAAUCUACAAAUUGUACAACAACAAACAAGUGAACGUCAACACAUGUUAAUUUAUAGUAUUUUCCUAUGGACUCAAUUUCUGUGUUUAUGUUGACCAAUAAGUGACCAUUGAAAAGUGAUUUUCGUGUAUCGAUCUCUCUGUGUGUUUUUUUUAUUGAUUAACUUGUUGAUACAUUUAAAGGAGAAACAAAGAGUGAUCAUGUCUUACCUUUACCAUGGACGGAGCCCAACGUCCCGAGGACAAUUUCCCAUAAUUGUGACCAAAGCUAAAAACAUUUUACCCGCCAAAAGGACACCAUCCACAUCAUCAUCUUCUCGUCGAUCUGGAUUAAGCAAAAGUAAAUCAUCCAGAUUAGCAAACAUUGCAAUCUUGAGUCAAAUGAAUAGUCAUCAUCAUCAUCAUCAUCAUCAUCUUAAAAGUAAUUCAUCAAGUCCAAGUAAUGGAAAGGGAGCUUCAAAUGGUUCACCAACCAGUGAAGUCUAUGGAAGUGUUAAUCGAAACGGUUCAUCCGCUUCAUAUGGUUCAUCUUAUCGUGGAAGUGAUAAAAUGUAUACACGAAAUAAUACCCGAUAUAAAAGUAAUUUAAAUGAGGAAAUUAACCGGAUGUAUAUUGAGGAAGGCCUUAAAUCAGGUCUUUUGGAAAAGACUAAAAUCAAGAAACCUGAUGAAACUGGAAAUGGUUCUAAUGGUGUUGGUGGUUAUAGUGAAACUGAUGGUGCUUCUGAUGGUACUGGUCGUUCAAAUGGAAAGUUAAUUAAGGGUAAAUCAUGUUCAUCUAAAUCAAAAUCACAAUCAAAGGGAAAAAAACGAACCUCCAAAGAGUUACAAACAUUUAUCAUGAGACGAAUCCUUUUAUGUACAAACAUAGUUACUCUGAUUAUCGGUAUAACAACAUUGGUCAUCGCUGGAAUCCUUGACCCACAACCUCUUCACCGAAUCGGUACAACAGGAGGUCAAAUUUCAUUAGCAUCGAUAUACAUUAUCUUUGUUUCCCUCGUUGGCCUCUAUGGUUCUCGGUUGAAAAAUUAUCGUCUUCUAUUCAUUUUUGCUUACACUCUAUUAACUGGAUUAGUAUUGAGGUCGUUUGCAGCUCUAAUCUCCGUUUACAUUUAUCAUAAUGCUAAUCGAUUAAUUUUCUCAAUGCUUUUCGCUAUCAUUGAGGUCAUUUUAAUAUUCAUGGGACUUGCGGUUGCCAUUGACCUGAAAGAGGAGCACAUUCGUAAAUUAACCCAAUCAACGUCACCCAAUUCGUUUAAAGUUUGAAAAUUUGUUCGCAAAGUUUUUUUAACGACAAUUUAAACUUUGUUGCGAUUUUUUUUCUAUACUUUUUUUCGUCCAAAAUUCAUCCAUCAUGUGCCAUUGAGGAAAAAUUGGAAAUUCUAUCCAGUUUUUUCUUUUUCUUCUUCUUCUCUUCAUUUCUUACCUUUUCUAUUCCCAAUUCGAUUCUAAUCAUCAGGAAAACCGAGUUACCUCAACCACGAACAUACAACACAAAUUCACGUCCUCAUGGAUCAGUCAAUUCAUUCGUCAAUCAUUUACCUGGUUGACAUUUUUUUUCUCUUCUUCUUUUCUAUUUCUGUCAUUUGUUAUUCUCUCUGCUCUUAAUUUCCCUUCUCAUGAAUCAAUAUCUUCUACUUUUUUCCUUGUAACGAUCGUUAGAACAAUUUGUUGAAUCUUCUUCGAUUAAUCGGUGUUUACUUUACACAGAACGUAAAUAUUACUUCCUUGUAUUGGAAAGUUAAAUUAUAUAUUUUUCUUUCAAUGAUAAAUCAACAAUCGUCAACGAGAAAUUGAUCAAAUAUGAAAAUUACCUCAAGGAAACAAUUAAAGUCUGUCAACAUAAUGA